AUGGCGUCCGCGCUGCUGCGGCCUCUGUUCCUUGAGGGCUCCCACCGCUUACUCUCCGCCGCGCCGGGACGCGUCGUGCUCCGCCCUCAGCCGCGCCGAGAUAAGCAGCGUUGGGUCCGCGCGUAUGUGGAGCAGCAGCGGCUGCUUGAGAUCCCAAGGCGCCGCUCUGAGAAACCUAACUGGGAUUACCAUGCAGAAUUACAGGCCUUUAGCCACCGGUUACAUGAGAAAUUUUCAUUGGAAUUCCUCAAAACUGCAUUUGUUAACCAUUGUUAUAUUAAACAAGAAGAGUCGAGACGCCAAGAGCUGGGACUAGACAAAGAAGCAAUUGCCCUUAAUCUCAAGGAUAAUGAAGAACUUUCUCUGAAGGGUGUCUCUUUUUCACGAUCUUACCUCACACAAUGCUUGGAAGAAGCCUAUCCAAAAAUUCCACAUGCUGGCAUUGAGGCACUUGUUAACUUUCUUACCAGUGAGGAAUUAGUGUCUUAUUUGGCCAGAAACCUGUCUCUGCAAGACUUCACACUUUGCGCAGAAUUUCCUGUGCCACCUAAUGUGCUUCAGCAGACUUUCUUUGCUGUAAUAGGAGCAUUGCUUCAAAGCAGUGGCUCUCAGAGAACAGAGAUCUUCGUGAGGGACUUCUUUAUUCCUCAAAUGAUAGGAAAAGAUCUGUUUGAGAUGUGGAAUGUUAUGAACCCAAUGGGCUUGCUGCUGGAGGAACUGGCCAAGAGGAAUGUGUCUGCUCCAGAACCAAGACUAACUCGACAGUCAGGAGCUAGCACUGUACUGCCCUUGUACUUCGUUGGAUUGUAUUGUGAUAAGAAGCUUCUGGCAGAAGGUACUGCUGAAACAAUAUUAGCAGCUGAAGAAGAGGCUGCUCGUGUAGCCCUGCGGAAACUUUAUGGGUUUACUGAGAACAGAAAGCCAUGGGAUUAUUCUUCUCCAAAAUGGGAGCAGAAAGCAGAAAAUGCUAUUGGCAGCAAUUAGGCAGAAAAGGUCACUUCUUAUGUGUGCAAGAAUGCUACAUUUUAGAGGAACAAGAUUUAAUGAGUAAACUAUUAAGAAACUAAGAUUUUGAAAAUACCAGUUUCUCUUAUUGCUAAUAAACAUGUUUGCGGUACAUAUUUUUUCUACUAGUUCAUGCAUUAUGGCGUGUUGAAAGCUCCAUUAGACCUUGUGUUGCAUAGGCUCAGAGCAAAUGUGGAGUACUGAGGGGAAGUCUACAAUACAAAAUGCUAGUAUAAUUUAGGUCAACACUGCAUUUCAGAUUCCCUUAUAGCAUAAAAUUAACUCAUAAAUAUGAGUUAUAUAACAGCUAGUACUGAUUCUGUCUUCUGAACGUCUAUGUGUCACAACAACUUUCGAAAGUUACCCAGCUGUAUAUAUUUUCUCAUAUUACAAGGAACAAAAAAGGAAGAAAACCAGCUUUUAAUUUAUUCAUGUAUCCCAAAUAAUCAAUAUAGUCCAUUAUCCCAAUCUCUAGAGUAUUUCCAUUACUUCCAAAACCCAUUAUGAAAAAUAUCUACUAAUUUCAUCGGGCAUGCUUAGCAUUAAUGGAACUGAGUAAAAAGCUACAACAAACAUGUUAA